AAAAACAUGUAGCUUUACAUUUUUCCCACUCCUUAUAAAACCUCCAACCAGAGCCCUCACCUCCUCACCAUUCACCUAUCACCAUCUAACCUUCACCUGAAUUUUUCAACCUUUUCUCUCUCUCAUAUACAUUUAUACAAACACUAACCUCCCAUUGCUAAAAGAUACUUACAUCACCUAUUUAUUUUACGUGUAAGCUACUACUUUUAUAACUACUUAUAUUUAUAUAUGUUAAGUUUGUUUUCCUCUUGACAUGGUCACAAAUGGGCAACUUUUGCACUUGUUUGGCACCCAAAACGCCCGUGAAAAGAAAACAGAGACCCACUAAGCGGUUGCAGAACCCGGGUCCGGUACCCAAUUCAAGUAACCGGUGGAGCAGGAUCCGAUCAGGGUCUCGCAAAGAUAAGCUUGAUGAUGCUUUGAUACAGGAGCAGGCUUUGGCUGCUGCCAUAUUGUUUCGUCAGCACCAGCAACAAAAUGGUGGUGCUGGUGGGUUGCCUUUUAAUCGGUCAACUUCGUUAAGGUACCCGAAUGGAUCUUCCGGGUCGAAGAAGAACCAGUUGCCUCGGAGCUCCAGUUCUCGUGCCCGGUCUCUUACUGACCCGCUUUUGCAGCCGCAUCAACUUGUUAACCGGGACGUCAAGCUUGAUGAUCUUGAAACCACCCAUUUUGUCCUUGUCCACGGAGGCGGUUUUGGUGCUUGGUGCUGGUAUAAAUCUAUAGCACUUUUGGAAGAAGGUGGUUUCAAAGUUACUGCCAUAGACUUAACUGGUUCAGGGAUUAAUUCAUUUGACACAAACGGCAUUACCAGUCUCUCACAAUAUGUGAAUCCACUCACUGAUUUUCUUGAAAAACUUGCCGAUGGGGAAAAGGUGAUCUUGGUGGGUCAUGAUUUUGGUGGUGCAUGUAUAUCAUAUGCAAUGGAGUUGUUUCCUUAUAAAAUCUCAAAGGCUGUUUAUAUUGCUGCAGCAAUGUUGACUAAUGGACAAAGUACUCUCGAUAUGUUCAACCAGAAGACAGGUUCAAAUGAUUUGAUGGGGCAGGCUCAGAUAUUUUUGUAUGCAAAUGGGAAUGAUCGCCCUCCUACUGCUAUUGAUCUGGACAGGUCAUUGUUGAAGGACUUGUUAUUCAACCAGAGCCCUGCGAAGGAUAUUGCGUUAGCAUCUGUUUCAAUGAGACCAAUCCCCUUUGCUCCAGUUUUGGAGAAACUCUCUCUUUCCGACCUGAAAUAUGGAUCUGUGAGGCGGUUUUAUGUAGAAACUCCAGAAGAUAAUGCGAUUCCUAUCACCCUUCAGGAAAGCAUGAUAAACUCAAGUCCUCCAGAGCAGGUAUUCCGUCUAAAGGGUGCUGAUCACUCACCUUUUUUCUCAAAGCCUCAAGCCCUGCACAAGUUAUUAGUAGAGAUCUCAACGAUCCCUGCAACUUGAAAUAUCUAUAGCUAAUGACUUUUCGAAGUCUCUCCCCAGAGUUCAUUGACAUGGCACAGGAAAGCCUUACUGGAUGUUAAGUGAUCACAUACAUGCACAUAUCAUCAUAAAUGGUUUCCACAGUGCCAAAUUCUUGAAAAUGAUUCUUCAACAUCAUAUAUCAGAAAAUGAAAUGUGUUCAUAUCUUUUUGUGAGGUCAUUUUUUUUCCAGAAAGGGAUGAUUAUAUUUUUUGUUAGUAAAAUGGAAGUUAUAUUUC